CCCUCUACGCCGCACCCAAAGAGAACCGGCAAAAGCUGGAAAUCUCACCGAUGAAGACAAUGACGAGAAAACUCCUCUUUCUUCCUUUUCCCGACCAAAUCCAAGCAUUUUCCUACAAAAAUACCCUUUUGCCCUAGAGAUCUAUACACCUCCAUGGCGUACCACCCGAAUCCGUGUUCCCUCAUUCUCUUCCUCCUCCUUUUCUUCUCCCUCUCCGAUGCGGGGCCCACCAAAGACUGCCUUAAAACCAGCCCUCUCAUCGACUUCGAGUCGGACUUCUCUAUGGUCCAGCACCAAUUACGUGGCGUCAUCCGAAUCGUCGACGACUGCUCCUUCAACGUCUCCGAAUUCGACAUGAUCGAGGGCUCGGAUGUCGUCUGGUGGGGUGCGCUCCGCGAUGAUUUCGGCAACAUCACGCAGGGCUUCCAGAUCUCAGAUCAAGGGCUGAACCGGACUUACAGGAAUGAGAGCUUCGUCGUGCGUCUGUCGAACCACACGUGGGAUGAGAUCGGCGUGGUCGCGGUGUGGGACAGGCCGACCGGGUCAGAUUUCGGCCAUGUCGUGAUUCGUGGCGCGAUCAACGGCUCGGAUUCGAGCUCUGUCCUGCCACCUGCGCCGGCCCCGUCGCCAUCCCCGCCGCUUGUUGGGAGGCGGGCCCACAGGCAGCCCACGAUGUUCGACAACUGCAAGACACUUUCGCCUGAGUUCCGCCUCCGGUGGACUCUGAACCCUGAGAUGGAUUCGAUCGACAUUGGGCUGGAAGCUGCUGCCGGAUCCCAGUCCUACAUGGCGUUUGGGUGGGCCGAGCCGGGGUCGUCAUCGUCGCUCAUGCUCGGUGCCGAUGUGGCAGUGACCGGAUUCAUGGAGGAUGGGAUGCCAUUCGCCGAUGACUAUUUCAUCACCAAGUACAGUGAGUGCUUGCUGAGCAAGGACGGGACGGUCCAGGGCGUGUGCCCGGACACGAUUUAUGAAGGGUUAGAUCGUGUCACAGUCAACAAUACCCGUUUGAUCUAUGGCCACCGCCAGGACGGAGUAUCAUUCAUCCGCUACGCGCGGCCGCUUGAAUCAGUAGACCGUAAGUAUGAUGUGCCCGUGAACAUGACCAAUAACAUGACUGUGAUCUGGGCACUGGGGCUGAUCAGGCCGCCUGAUGCGCUUCGCCCAUAUUACCUACCACAGAACCACGGUGGGCCACCCCAUGUGACAUUUGGGCAUUUGAGCCUUAAUGUAUCGGAGCGAGUAAACGAAUGCCUGGGGCCGUUGGAGGCGAAAGACAGUGAAGACCAAGAUCUUAUCUUUGCUGAUGGGAAGACGCCUCUGGUUGUUGUGUCCGGGCCUGCAUUGCAUUACCCAAACCCCCCGAAUCCUUCAAAGGUUCUUUACAUUAACAAGAAGGAGGCACCAGUGUUGAGGGUCGAGAGGGGGGUCCCGGUGAAGUUCUCAAUUCAGGCGGGACACGACGUUGCACUUUACAUCACAUCUGAUCCGAUUGGUGGGAAUGCGACUUCAAGAAAUAUGUCUGAGGUCAUCUAUUCUGGUGGACCGGAAGCCGAAGGUGUGCCUGCCACCCCGAUGGAAUUAGUUUGGUUGCCCGAUCGGAAUACUCCAGAUCAAGUCUAUUAUCAGUCGGUUUAUGAGCAGAAGAUGGGCUGGAAGGUUCAGGUGGUUGAUGGUGGUCUUUCGGAUAUGUAUAACAACAAUGUUGUUCUCGAUGAUCAGCAAGUAACAUUGUUUUGGACACUAACGGAUGGUUCGGAUUCAAUAUCAAUUGCAGCCCGAGGUGAAAAGAAAAGUGGUUAUCUUGCAAUUGGGUUUGGUGGUGGCAUGGUGAAUAGCUUUGCAUAUGUGGGUUGGAUCGACAACAGCGGCAAAGGCCGUGUGAGUACCUAUUGGAUAGAUGGGCAGGAUGCACUGAGUGUACAUCCGACGGCUGAGAAUCUGACACAUGUACGAUGCAGAUCUGAAAAUGGUAUCAUUACAUUUGAGUUCACCCGUCUGUUGGCACCUUCAUGUAGCGGAAGGUUGGAAUGUAACAACAUCAUCGAUCCAACAACGCCUCUUAGAGUCAUUUGGGCGAUGGGCGCUCGAUGGUCCGAAGGUCAUUUGAGCGAGAGAAACAUGCAUUCUGUUACAAGCAGUCGGCCUGUCCGGGUGCUGCUGAUGCGUGGGUCCGCUGAGGCAGAAGAAGAUCUACGCCCAGUUCUAGCCGUUCACGGGUUCAUGAUGUUCGUUGCGUGGGGAAUCCUACUUCCUGGCGGAAUAAUAUCAGCAAGGUACUUGAAACACGUGAAGGGUGAUGGGUGGUACCAAAUUCAUGUCUACUUGCAGUAUUCAGGGCUUGCGAUUGUCUUACUUGGGGUUCUCUUUGCUGCUGCUGAGCUUCGGGGAUUUUCCAUUAGCUCGGUACAUGUGAAGUUCGGAUUGACUGCCAUUCUUUUGGCGUGCAUGCAGCCAGUGAAUGCAUCCUUACGGCCUAAAAAGCCGGCAAAUGGGGCGGAAAUUUCUUCAAAGCGGGUCAUUUGGGAGUAUGUGCAUGUAAUUAUUGGGAGAUGCGCCAUUAUAGCAGGGACCGCAGCACUGUUUAGUGGUAUGAAGCAUUUAGGAGAUAGAUAUGGGGGUGAAAACGUCCAAGAACUUUAUUGGGCUUUGAUAGUAUGGUUUUUAAUCCUUAUUUUCACAGUUGUAUACCUGGAGUAUUGUGAAAUGAAGCGAGGAAGGGAAGAGAUAUUGGGAAACGGCAAUUGGGUGUUGGGGAAUAGUGAGGAAGAUGACUCCGUUGAUCUUCUUCAGCCUAACAGAACAUUUAUUGAGUAUGAAUCGCAUCCGUCGCAACUGAUGGAAGUUCAGCUUGAACCCUUGACCAGAUAGACAAAUUUGUUUCAUUGUUUGCUUUGUUACAUACAAACUCACGGCUCAUUUCUGCUUAGGUUUUGAAUAUAUAUAUUUUUUGAAUUCUAGAGGAGUUUGGAGCUGUGGGAGUCCCGCCUGAACUUGAAAAGAUCUUUGCAAACCAUUGAAUGGUUUUUCUUUCACAGAAUUCUUUUUCCUGCUAACUGAUCUGUCACAAUGAGCAAGUACCCUGUGAGAUGUAAUUUGUAUAUCUGAUACAUUUUUGGUAUAUAGAGGGAACGAUUAUAUUAUCUUGA